UUCACGGCUGUCUUUAAGUUUAAGAGUCUUCGCUUCCACCAACAUAACCCCCAUUAAGGUGCCUGAAAUUUGUGUGCAAUGGCUUUUCGAAGCACUAUGUGCUGUCGCCUAAUCCUUGGUAGACACGCAGGUUUAGAGGCCCCAACAGUGCGCAUAGUGCAGCUGUCAAGCCGAGGCAAGGUAUGGAGGGUGCCGCGGUUUUAUUCGGGUGCUACGCAGGAGGAAAAUAAAGUUGAACUGUUGUCUUUGGGCGACUCGAAUACUUCACCCUACACCCACGUCGCAGAAAAUACAUCGAAAGAGCAGGAGCUAGCCAUCCCAAGGAGUCGAAGGCGGAUUUUGAAGGAUGUGUUGCCGUUCUCUGCGUUCCUGACAGACAGUUUUGGCCGAAGGCAUAACUACCUGCGUAUCUCCCUCACAGAGAAGUGCAACCUACGCUGUCAGUACUGCAUGCCUGAGGAGGGAGUGAAGCUGACACCCAGAGCCCAGCUCUUAUCCACUGAGGAGGUGUUGACUCUGGCCAGACUGUUUGUGCAAGAAGGGGUCGAUAAGAUUCGUCUUACUGGAGGAGAACCCCUAAUUCGACCAGAUGUCUUGCAUAUUAUCGGUGAAAUGAGGAAGUUGGAGGGUCUUAAAACCAUUGCCGUGACGACGAAUGGCAUGAACCUGGCCAGAUUGCUCCCUGGUCUGAAGGAGGCUGGUGUGGACCUGCUCAACAUCAGUCUGGAUUCCUUAGUCCCUGCCAAAUUUGAAUUUAUAGUUAGACGGAAAGGGUUCCAUAAGGUAAUGGAGGGCAUUGAAAAGGCCAUUGAGAUGGGCUACAACCCUGUCAAGGUGAACUGUGUGGUCAUGAGAGGGCUAAAUGAGGAUGAACUGUUGGACUUUGUGGCUCUAACAGAGAAGAAGCCUCUGGAAGUGCGUUUUAUUGAAUACAUGCCCUUUGACGGCAAUAAAUGGAAUUUCAAGAAGAUGGUGAGCUACCAGGAGAUGCUGGAUCGUAUCAGGCAGCAGUGGCCUGAUCUGGAGUCUGUACCUGGAGGGUAUGCAGACACGGCCAAGACGUUUAAGGUGCCAGGUUUUCAAGGUCAUAUCGGCUUUAUUACCUCCAUGUCAGACAACUUUUGCAGCUCAUGUAACCGCCUUCGCAUUACUGCAGAUGGCAGUCUCAAAGUGUGUCUGUUUGGGAACUCUGAGGUAUCACUGAGAGACUGUUUGCGUUCUGGGGCAUCUGAUGAGGAGCUGCUGGAGAUUAUUGGUGCUGCGGUGGGCAGGAAGAAAAAACAGCACGCAGGCAUGUUCAGCAUAUCACAGAUGAAAAACAGACCGAUGAUCCUCAUUGGUGCUGUGAGCUUCAGGCUCUUCCCCAUGCCUGGAGGCAGUCAGAGGGAUCCCUCCUCUUUCGCCCACCUCAAAGUUCCACCCCUCCUAGCUCAGGCCAUUCAGAACAUUUCAGAAAGCACUAGUGCUACAAAAACAGAAGAGGAGGCAGUUUACUUUUCCCCUCCCAUCCGUAAGGACUCCUCACUUAGUCCUCCACUCUGUCACAGAAGCACUUAUCAGUUCACUGACCUCUGUAGCCUGACAACGAAUCAAAACACUGAAUCAGUGAGCGCUAAAACACGCAUAAAUACGCACAGUCAAACCUGCAAUCAUAGUCUGCUGGACCGUCUCAGGCCAACCUCUCUUCGCGGCUCUGGUCUUGGCCAGUCUCCGCCAGUGAGGACCGUCUUUUUUACCACUCUACUUGAAUCUCUCACACGGCGUCUCCCAGUGCUGCAUGCCGUGCGAGCACACCACAGACACACCGAUGACAACAGUCCUCAAAAGUCCAACACACCCCUUUUAGAUGAUCAAGCUGCCAGUAAAAAUGAGACAUCAGAAAGUCUUACGCACACAGACGCACAAGGCAAAGCCUCCAUGGUCAAUGUGAGUAGUAAAGCAGUGACCCGUCGCACGGCAACGGCUCGAGCCUCGGUCCUCCUCGGCCCCAAAGCUUUCGGCCUCGUGCGUGCCAACCAGCUUGCCAAGGGGGACGUUUUGUCAGUAGCACAGCUAGCAGGCAUCAUGGGUGCCAAACAGACGUCGUCCCUCAUCCCUCUGUGCCACCCCCUGCCUCUGGACCACGUGGCUGUCACAGUGCAACUCUCAGAGGAGGAACACGCUGCUGUCGUCACGGCAACUUGCCAAACCACGGGCCGCACAGGGGUAGAGAUGGAGGCCUUGACGGCAGCGGCAGUUGCUGCACUGACGGUGUACGAUAUGUGCAAAGCCGUCAGCCGUGAUAUUGUCAUUAGUGACGUCAGGUUGAUGAGUAAGACGGGAGGACAGAGAGGGGACUUUAAACAUGUCCCCUGAUGCACAAAACAGCCAAGCUCAUCCUUCAUGUCAAAUCAUAAUGUAGGGGUCAGUCUGUGAAAAAAAAAUGACAAAUACACAGAAGCACUUUUAAUUUUAGCUUUUAAAGUCCACCAUGAUGAAGCUGCUUUUCAAAUAAGCAUUAAUGACAGAAAAACUACACUAGUGUAGGAGCCUUUUUUUCCCACAACUUUUUUUACCCAUCCAUGUGACGCAUUCAGAAAACGUUUCCUCUGUAAGUUUUACAGAUAAAGUCUUGGUGGUGUUGUAAUGCUUAGAGUGUGCUCUUCAAGGUAAACGGGUGUAUAAUUGUUUACACUGGAUUGUGUGUGUUCGGCGGGAAAAAAAAAUUCCAAGUGGAAUCUCUGGACUGAAAUGCCUAAGCAGUUAGAGGCCUAGUCCAUGUCUUCUUUCAACAGUUUCUCUUCCCAGGGAAGGUUUAGCAUUUGUUAGCUUGCUCUUCAACCCGAACUUUCUUGUUUUUGAUUUAUUAAGAACUUAACAUCUUUCUUUAUUCAUUUCUUCAGAAGGCUGAAGGGUUGUUCUCAUCAUUGAGAAUGAUAGAACAUGGCAGUUUAAUUGUUUUUAUUUGGAUUCCUAGAGAGCAAAGUAAAACGGACACUUGUCUGUUCAAACUAGCUCAUCACCUCACUAAGAAUAGGUUACAUAUUUGCUGUUUCUGCAGUUAGAAGACCAAGAAAUGAAACAUGAAUUAAUCAGUAGAGGUAUUUGAAAGAAGACAUGGAAAGAAAUGAUUGCAAUCACAGUGUUCACACAGACUUUAAAGGGGCAAAAUGUGAAAAGGCAGCUUUGAGGUAUAGUUUUAUGUUUUUCUCCCUGCAAAAAGAGAAUGUCCACCACUCCCAAGGCUGUCUCUGGGCAACUUGGUGAUAAAAUGUACAGCUUUCUUAAUCAGAUCUGAGUAAUUCUGAGGAGACAUCAUGAAACAGUUUUCACAGACAGCCAGUUUAGUGGUCCUUGUCUGUAGUUUUUCUGCCAUUGUGGUUGUGUUAUUGCCCCAAGCACGACGGGGUUGCUUUUUAGGCUGUGCAGUCAUGGCUGGGCACUGUCUGUGUGGAGUGUUCCCCUGGUGAUUGUGAAUGCCAGCCCUGAUGCACUGAGUUUACAGAACUGAAGUCUUAGUGAACUGGACAUAUGCUGCAUAUCUUUAUGCACACUCUUCAGUGGUUUUCCUUAAAGCGAAUUUUGUAGUUUCUGUCACAGAAAGGACAGAGGUAUUAUGUCGAUGACUAAUGUGUGUGACGCUGAAGAGUGCACUGUGUGCUACAGGACUGAUGUGCGUUGGAUUUAGAUAGAAUGAGACAUUGUUUUCUAAGAUUUGACAAUCAUUUUCUUUUCACCUUGAGCAGUAGCAUUUUUAAUACUUGACCAGAAUGAAGGAAACACUAGUGACUCGUUAAGGAGCCAAGAGAGUUUUAAAGUAGUAUGACCACUUUACUAAUCAUUUUGUAUGUGUUUAUAUACUUUUAAUAAUCACCUCAUUAACAAGACAUUAAAAUCACACAUUUAGCACUUGAAGCUCUAAAUCCCCUGCAGUUUCAAAUCGUUAGUAACAGUAUUUUUUGACUUGCAUUUUUAGUAAAGCAAAAUGAACUUAAAAGUGAAUCUUACAUUACAUGGUCUUAAUACAGACUGAAGUGCUUUUCACUCUGGACUCGCAGUGACAACCUGACAACAGCAUGUUCAGAUAAUGCAUGUGAUUGAAUGACCAGGAUCACAGACAUUCAGUUUUUUCAGCUGUGGAACCCACUCCUUGAAAGGACAGAGCUUUAACUGAGUAGUUGAAUCAGUUUUAUUAGAUAAAUUGUAUAAAAUAUGAAAUUCUAAAAGUGUGAAUUAUUUAAUCAAGCCGUCUUCAAAUAAAAUCUGGUUCAGUCCACGUCCAGUGUAUAUCUCCAAACACACUGCUUCUUUUUAUCUACCGACCCAUCAGUAUUUGGAGACUGGAGGCAGACAGUGUCAUGGUGUAGUGCUCUCCACAGCUCAUUAUUUUGAUUAUAGCUCUCAGUUUGACUUUAUGUUGGCCAUGAACUCUAGGACAAUGUCGAAUAGAUAUAUUGAGUAGUCAGUGAUUUGAAUCUCCAUACCUUCUAGGGCUAAAGUUUAUACCAUUUUAAUGAAAAAAACAUAAGCUUAUGUAAGAAAACACUAUUUAGCUUUGCCCCUGUAUGGAGCAGAUACAACAUGAGCUAACAGGACAUUCUGUCUAGGCGAGAUGUAGGUCAUCUACUUGGAGGAUCAUGUUUCCUUGCCCCUGUGCUAUUCCCUCCAGUGUACUGUGUGUGUAGUGUAAGCACUCUCUGUGGCUUCCUGCCCUCCUGUGAUCCCGUGUCAAACUCUGCUCACAUGCACCACUCUCUUCCCAUGUGAUGAGAGAUCCAUACCUGAUCACAGCUGUGCAAGUGAACCUCCAAAUAUUUUCUCUUCUAGUUUUUGUUUAUUCAGUCCCUCCAAUUGUAUUGACACCUCUGGUAAAGACAGGAAAUAUACCUUUGUUAAAUGAGAAGUGUACUAAAUACACCCUCUGGGAGUGACGUUGGUCAUCACAAAUGUCAAUUAUUAUGAAAAGAAACUAGUGUCUGUGAAAUUUGAAUACGUUACAGUGGACCUUUUGAUGUUCAGGUUGUUUGACAACUAAAGGUCAGAGGCUCUAGUGAGGACAAAGAAACCAUGAAGUCUACCAUCAACACCUUGUGUCAUAUGAUUGGAACCUGAGACUUGGCUCCCAGUGGAUUUUUCAGCAGCUUAGUGACUGUAAGCAUAUCUCAAAGUCAGCCAACCUGAGGUUGAGCUGGAGGGGAAAAACAUGAAGUUGAAAAAGGGCAUUCAGUCCACAAAGUAUCCAAAAAGUCUGGAGCCUAUAGAAAAUGAAUCCGUAGCAUCACCAUUGUGAUUUUCCAUAUGCAUGGGGAGAAUAUACAGGCCAUUCAAAACUUGUAUUUAAUAGUUGUCACUGUUUUGAAAAGCAAACAAAACAUGUUAUUUUUGGUAGAAUGUUUUAACUUGUUUGAUAAUUAAAAUAUACUGCCGACCUUG